AUGCUUAGGAUACCCAAUCAGGAACCUCCGUUGCUUACCAAUCCACUCCUUAUCAUAUUCAAUUCUACGCCUUUUCAAGUCGCAGUCCUCGCCUUAUUGACGCUUCUUGUUUCAACAUAUACGCUAUCCUUAUUUAACUUCAUCCGGACUCGAAACAGCCAGAGGCCCGGAAAGCCAGCACCAACCCUUCCAUACUACCUCCCAGGACUAUGCCAUGCCUUUGACCUAGAAUGGAGCAUGGCCAGCUUCCUGGCUAACACUGUAAAACGCUGGGGCUAUCUUUCACCCAUUGCAGUCCGCGCUGGAUCCUUCGGGUUCACAAUGAUCGUCAACCCAAGUCAUAUCAGAACCAUUUUACGGUCCUCUAGAACCCUGACGAACAGACCUAUGAUGGCUUUUGUUAUGGAGAAAUGGUUCUCUACGCCCAAGGAAUAUUUGCGCUUCUAUGCUGCUCAUGAUCCCAGCACCUCAACCCCAGGAGGAACGCUUGAGCAUAUGCAUGAUUUCCAAGUGAAGGUCAGCCUCAAGUACUUGUCAGGAAAACACCUCCUGGAAAUGUCAGAGAAAUACAUCUCAAUACUUAAGAGCAGGCUAGUGAACCUCGAGAUUCCAACUGACAGUUGUACAGAGAUCUCAGAUUUUUAUACAUGGCUUCAGAACCAGGUCACUCCCUCCAUUAUUGAAGCCAUGAUGGGUUCGCGAAUUUUGGAAAUAUACCCUGACAUCGUGGAGGACUUUUGGAAGUUCGAGCAUCAGGUCGCCAACUAUUCCCGUGGCUUGCCUCGCUGGAUGAUUCCGUCUGCAUACAAAACUCGGGAUCGUUUGCUGGCGAACAUCAAGGCAUGGAAUCGACUUGCAAAUCGCGAAUCGGACUAUGCGCAGCAUGGGGAAGAGGGCGCCGAGUGGGAUGAGUUCUUCGGAACCAAAUUCAUCAAAGCUCGUGAAGAUUAUUUGAGGGAGUAUGGUAUGAACGAGGACGCAAUCGCAUCUGAGCACCUUGGCCUUCUUUUCGGGUCCAACGCAAAUGUCGUUCCUGCUGUCUUCUGGUAUAUUUUCGAAUCUUUCAAGGACCUGGAAUUGCAAGAAAGCCUGAAGACCGAACUCCAAGAUUGUCUGAAGCCAGAAACUGGCGACUUGGACAUUCCGAAGCUUUCCACUAAACCUUUGCUGCAAUCCACUUACGCAGAAGUAUUGCGCCUCCGCGUCACAACCACCACGAUGCGCACAAAUGAGGAUGCCAACUUCAAGCUGGGUCCAGAUUACGCUAUUGACAAAGACGUGACAAUGACAAUAUUCUCCUCGAUUACGGCUUAUAACAGACUGGCCUGGGAAGCCGCGAGACCUGAGAGCAUUGCCAAACCUCUGGAUGAGUUCUGGUCAGAGCGAUUUCUUGUUCUAAGGAACAAGAAAGAAGCAAAUUUCAGUCUGGAAGGCUUGACUGAAUGUUGGAUGCCCUACGGUGGAGGCCAACGUAUGUGCCCUGGUCGUCAUUUUGCCAAGAAUGUAAUUAUCGGCACGCUGGGAUUGCUCUUGGAGUUGUUUGAAUGUGAGCUGGUCGAUGUUCAACAAGCUGAAAGGGUCAAACCUGACACAAAAUGGGUGCCAUAUGGAACGUUACCACCUACGAAGAAGGUGGCCCUGAGACUUCGAACACGCACAGAAUGA